GGUUCUUGCUUCGUCUGCCCAAGAUUAGAGCCUUCUUCCUCCCAUUCCCAUUACCAUCUCUUGCCUUCCAAGUUUAGCUUUUCUGCAUCUGGCAAUUGAUCCGUCUUUCAUUUAUUUAUUUGCGUUCCACUUGUUUUUAUCUCUAACGAUUCCCUGCUCUCCUCUCCUGGAAUUCCCUGCUCCUUCAGUCAGAUAUUUGAGUAAAGUUUUACGAUUCAGAAAAUCGGCAGAAUAACCAGGGAAUUAAGGGACAAUGGGUGCGGAUGAAGUGGGUGGAUCGAUGCGAAACGCGACAUCAACAGCAGCGGUAGAGGCAACCCCGUAUUAUUUUUCAUCAGUUUCAACCAACUAUCCAUUAAUUUCCGCUCUUCUUGCCUUUGCUAUUGCCCAGUCAUCUAAGUUCGCCGCUUCAUGGUAUAAAGAAAAACGAUGGGAUCUCAAGCAACUUGUUGGAUCAGGUGGUAUGCCAUCAUCCCAUUCAGCAACAGUAACUGCACUUGCAGUGGCUAUUGGUCUGCAGGAUGGUUUUGGGGGAUCACUAUUCUCAAUUGCAGUAAUCUUUGCACUUGUGGUGAUGUAUGAUGCAAGUGGAGUAAGGUUGCAUGCCGGACGGCAGGCUGAGGUUUUGAAUCAAAUUUUAUGUGAACUUCCUUCGGAACAUCCUCUUGCUGAGAGCAGACCCUUACGCGAACUUCUUGGUCACACGCCUCCUCAGGUGGUUGUUGGAGCAACCCUGGGACUUUUUUUGGCGGUAGUGGUCGAUUUUGUCCGUGAUUUGUUUAGUGAAACCUGAUGUGGCUCGAAGGCCAUGCAUUGAUUCUGGUACGUCCAUGAAACACACUAUACAGAUCUGGAAUAACCCAAGUGAUUUUCAUCAACCCAUUAGGCUGGAUAAAUUUAAUGGUGUAAUUGAGCGGCAUUAUGAAAUGUAAAUUGCAAAGGUAGCUGCUUGUAGAGUAGAGGCAAAGCUAGCUAGCUAGCUUUCUACAUGAUUAAUUUGGUUGUAUGGAAUCACUAACUAACUAUUCCUGGCUGUGGUAUAGUACAAGUCCUCUAUCAUUUUUAUUGAUAA